AUGGGCCUGAGCCGGAGCCCGGCAGCCGGCGGGAAGCUCCGCCUCCCUAGGUCGCCCCUGUCCUGCCCCAAACCCGCCUCCAGAGCCGCCAGCUCGGGGUCAAAGGACAACCGACACCCUGCUCCGGACAAAGCAACUGUGGUUUGAACAGCAUUUUUUCCCCUUGAAUUAGAAGAAUCGGUGGGAUCCCAAGCGUUGGUCCAGCCCUUGCCCAAGGAGCCCCGGCAGAGCACUUUAGAAAAGGGCAGAAGUGUCCAGCAGGGGGAGAAGCCUGUAGUUAACUUGGAGACCACACCCAGGCAGAAGAGAGCAGAGAUGGACUCAACGCCCAAGCCUGAGUGUGAAGGCAAGUUAACAACGCGAGCAGCGGAGGGCAAAUCAAGACCCAGACCUGGAGACCUGAUUGAGAUUUUUCGCCUUGGCUAUGAGCACUGGGCCAUCUACGUGGAAGAUGACUGUGUGGUCCACCUGGCUCCUCCGAGUGAGGAACUUGAGGUUGGCAGCGUCACUUCCAUCUUUAGCAACCGAGCUGUUGUAAAAUACAGUCGCCUGGAGGAUGUGUUGCAUGGCUGCUCCUGGAAGGUCAACAACAAUCUCGAUGGGACGUACCUGCCCCUGCCCGUGGACAAGAUCAUCCAGCGUACGAAAAAUAUGGUCAACAAGAUAGUGCAAUACAGCCUGAUCAAAGGGAACUGUGAGCACUUUGUCAACAACCUCAGAUACGGUGUGGCCAGGAGCCAGCAGGUAGAGCACGCCCUGAGGGAAGGAGCAAAGGCUGCAGGAGCCGUUAUUUCAGCUGUAGUUGAUAGCAUAAAGCCCAAACCAGUGACUGCCUGA